UUCUUUUAUUCCAGCAACGAUUAGGGAAGCACUAGCAAGAUUAUUAUGUAAGAUCUAAUUUGUUCUUAUACUUUAUUUUAUGCUUGCAUCUGUGAUUCUCUGUGUUUAUCGAUAUUAAUUGUUUUAAUUCAUUAGAUAGUGCGCAAUAUUUAGUGGCUUAGAAUUAAUUAUACAGCCAAUUGAAUUGCUUAUACGUAAUUGUGGUUUAGGUUUGAUUAGUGGUAAAUUGACACAUCAGGGUCAAGGGAAAAUCAGUCUUAAUUCAAUAAUCUUGCGUCAGAGUUUAUUGAUUUUGAAUCGAAUUUCUCUAGAUAUUAAUGAUGUCGAGUCAUUAAAUUUAAGCGUCUCUUACAGUUGUCAGUCGAUUAGGGUAGUAAUUAAUGAAACGUCUUCUUGAUUACCGAAUAAUUAAGGAGAAAUAAGAUCACGUCAGAAGUGUCUUUGGUGAUUGUAACUGGUUUGCCUGCAUGAAUUAAAGUUAUAUUUGCAUCAGUGAUCGGAAUAAUUAAGCUAUGGUGGACUUAAUUGAUUGCUGGAAUUCUUUUAUUAAUUGUUGAAUUUUUAUUCAUCUUUUGGCAAUUAGAAAAAUUGGUUUAGUUUGGAUUUUAUUUAUUUAUUUAUUUAUUUAUUUUUAUAUUUAGUAUUUUCUACAUAUUCUUCUCACAUUUCAUGGGUUACGUUGCAGGCUUUAAUUUGGAAAAUUCUCGCCAAUCCCUUGGGAUCAUCUUGUUUACUACUGUCUGCGCAGUGUGGGCAUACCGUCUGACUGUCUGAUAUUUUUGGUGUAAAACGACGCACCAAAUUUUGGCGUUGUUGCCGAGGAUCAAUUUUUAAGUAGUAAUUUUUCUAUUUUUUCGAUUUGCUUAUUUUAUUUUAUUUAUUUUUAUUUGUUAUUGAUCUAGAGUUGAAGCUGAAAUGUCUGAAGAUGGAGACGAUGACCGUGAUGAUAUUCUGCCACCACCACCAUUGAUAAGAGAGUUGGGUCGUCAUGGGAGAAAUCAUUCGCUUUGCAUUGGGUUGCCCACGAUUAAUCAAAAUGCAGAAAUCAAGCCCGACUUCAUUCAAGUUCUUCCAAAAUUCGGCCACUCACUUGGAGAGAGUGCACAUAAACAUCUCGCUGAAUUUGAUUUAGUUUGCACUACUUUACGCCAUCAAGGUUUUACGGAAGAUCAUUUAAAAUUACUAACUUUUCCUCAUACAUUGCAGGGUAGAGCUCGAGAUUGGUUGUUUGAUCUAUCAGAACUUGGAACGACUUAGAGGAGCAGUUCUUGCAUAAAUUCUUUCCAGAAUCAAAAGCUGCAAAUCUAAGAAUAGCUAUUAGUAGCAUCAAGCAGAGGAGGAUUGUUGAGGUUGCUUAUGGAGGAAGCUUGACCAACAAGACCUUGGAUGAAGCAAAACAAUUGAUUUUUGAUAUGGUCUCCAAUGGUCAACAAUAUGAGGAUGAGGAUGAUGAUAGGUACUGGCCAGUCAACAUAGCAGAAGAUGCAGGUGUGAAUGAGAAACUUGAUGCUCUAACUUCCUUAGUUAGAGGCUUUGUUGGAGCUCAAAUCCAGAAGGAUAACCAUCCAAAUCCAGUCCAUACCGACUGCCCAGAUCAACCUAGAUUUUUCACUCAAGAACAACUUCAGGUUGGCCGGUAUGCCCAUACCGACUGCCCAGAUCCCAGUAUGAGCUACAUUCUUAAAAGUCUAGCACAGAGAAGCCAGAUUAUUAACAAUUUGGUACGAAGUCAGCAAGCUUUCCAGCAAGAGACGCAGGCUGCAUUGGGUAGUAUGGGCACACAGAUCACUCAACUCGUUACUCAAGUGAACAAGUUGCAAACCAAUCAAGAAAAACUUCCAUCUCAAACAGAAAUACAUCCUAAGGAAUAUGUUUAUGCUAUGAAUUUAAUGACUGAGGAAGAGUUAUUUGAUCCAAAGCCUAAGGAAGAUGAAAAGGAAAAAAAAGAGCAAGAAAGAGCUCAGAAAGAUGAAGUUGUCAAAGUGGCAUAACAAUUUGAAAAUCUUUCUUCUUCCAAGGUAAGUGUAGAAUCUAAAAUUUCUAAUUCUAAAGCACUAAGUUCUUUCCCUUUUCUCUUCAGGUUGGCUCAAAAUAAGAAAAAAAAAAAAGAUGAAAAGGGGAUUUUGGAGAUAUUCAAGAAGGAUAAAGAAGCUCAACCAGACUAUUAUGAUGGAAUUAAAGAGUGUAAAGUGCAGUUGAACUCCACCAAUGAAGUUCACAAUCGGCAUCUGUCGCACGGUAUGCCCAUACUGACCAGCAUUGAACCGAUUGUGCCUUUUAUUGUGAAACUGCCAAAGCGAAAACUGAAACCACCUGAUGAUUGAUGCAGUUUCAGGGAAGUUGUUUUUAGUUUGCUUUCGUUUUUUAUUUUAUUUUUCUUUUUCUUUUAUGUUCUCUUUGUCUUUGUAUUUUUGUUGUUAGUUUUUCUCGCACAAUGAGGACAUUGUGUUAUCUAAGUGUGGGGGAAUUUUUAUGUCUUUUGUCCUGAG